AUGCAAGGAACCACGGAGCUAAAUGUUCAUCGUGUAAAUAUGAAGAUUGCUAAAGUUCGCUUUGCGCUUGCACAUGAUGCUAGUCAUAUAUUGUUUGCCGCAGGUUCCUGGGAUCAAUUAGAAAAAAAUUUCUUAACAUUUUGGAGUACAGAAAAAUAUCAUAUUGGAUUGCCUGAUAUGACUAGUCACUAUGCAAGCAGGAUGGUUGGAAAAAUUGUACAUAAAGGGGAGGUGACAGACAUAAAGUUCUUGAAUGAAAAUAUUCUUUUGUCAACUUCCUCACAUGGACAUUUAAAUGUUUAUAAAUAUACAAUGAAAUCAAACGAGUCAGAACCUGGUGUAACUUCAGAUGUUUAUAUUGAAUAUGAAUUGGAAGAAUUAAUGAAUAAACAAUUACAUAGCUUUCCAAAUAAUAUCAAUGCAGAAGCAACAGCAAUUGCAGUUCAACCUAAUGAGCUAUAUGACCCAGAAAUUUUAACUGCAGGCGAGGAUGGUAAACUUGUGUUUCUUAGACUUGGGAACCCAAAUGAUUCUCAGAUCAUACAAGUUGGCUCUUUUACAAUCAAGGCAACAAUAUGGCCAAGUUCAGAUCAAAUUAUUACUGCAUCUAGUUCUGGUAUAUUAAAAAUUUUUGACAAAAGAAACAUACGAAAACCAACAUUUAAAUUUUAUGAUUCAGCUCAUCCAAGAGAUCCAGUUAAUUGUUUAGCUGCUACUUCCUCUCAUAUUUAUCAAGUGGCUUCAGGAAGUUCUGAUGGAUUUGUCACAAUAUGGGAUGCAAGGAAUUUGACAGUGCCAUGGAAACAAUUCAAACCAGAUAGGAAAACAAAGAAUGUAUGGGAAUUAAUUUUUGAUCCAUAUGAUUCUGGUAAAAUCAUAAGUUGCUCUGAAGAUGGAUUCAUUGCCACAACAGAUUUAAAAGACACAUCAUUGACUGAGAAACUAACAACUCAAAAUUUUUCAAUAAAUUCAAUUGAUUGUCAUCAGUAUGCUAGAAUUUUGGUUGGUGGAGGUGAUAGUGCAUAUAUAUUCACAGGAGAAUUGAACCUAUGA